GAGGGAGGCUCUGGAGGUGCCAGCGGUAGUAAACGUGGGCUCUGCACACUCCCGGUGUCGCUUAUCGCAUGAGGGGGGGAAGGGAAAGGAAGCACGCAGCGCCACCCAGGCGUUGAAGGGCGGCGGAGUUUAGCCGGCGAGUGAUAAUGCUGCAUUGCUUUUCUGCGGUAGCCCGUAACGUGCCACCCGCCUCCUCUACCCCUCCUUCCCCGCCAAGUUCCUCCGGGAGCACCAGAGGCCCAAAACGUCAUCUGCUGCUGUGAUUAGUGAUACCGCAAUUCCGGCUGCUGCGGGAAGUUUGGGUGGCCCAGGGACACUGUGUCGCCAAAAGACACUUGGAUUGCGACAUUCUGACCCAGUGACAUUUUCAUUUAUCUUAAAUCUUUCAGGGAAAGGAUUUCAAGUUGCCCCUUUUCGGGGCAACCUCCAACCAGGGCCAAGGGGUUCCCCAGGCCACUGAGCAGUGAGCAAACAAGUCUCCAAAUUUUCCUUCGGGACUGAAGUUUACCCACCGCGAAUUCUCUUUCUCUUUCCUUUCUCUGGUUCAAUCCAACAGCACAGUCGGUGGAAAAGCAAAAAGCCACGUUCAUGUUCCUGCACCGUAAUGACGGACGGACUGAGGGAGUCACAUUUCAGAGCCGAGGAAGCCCUGGCUGCCCCGCACCCCCGCACCCCCUCCCCUUCCCCCAGCUGACUGCAUUGCCUUUGGGAAGAUGAAUAGCUUGGCUGAAGUUGUUUUUCCUUUCCGGUGGCCACGAUCAGGUGCCCCCGCCCCCUCCCGCCGUUCGCUUUCCCUCUCAGCCUUCUCCCGACGCCCCCUCCCGGCCCGGCCCCUCCUCCCCCUCCCCCCUCCGGGCUGGACCGCGGAUGGUACGUUCCGCACGUGAGCUGGGUGCUGGUCUGGCCGGCGACGCGCGUGCCCUGUGGCCAAACACUGCCCGGAGUGAGAGCAAACUACCAGCGCAGUGGGGCCGGCGCGAGUGUGCGUGCGUGUGUGUGCGUGUGUGCGAGAAAGCGAGCGCGGUGGGAGGGGGGACCAACUGCUUCACACUUUCAACACUGCACUGAAGAGGGAGAGACUGGAGACGCACAGAUUCCCCCCAAGAUCUCCCAAAGCUGCCGUCCCACAGAUUUUAGAACAGACCCCAAAAAUCGAAACAGAGGAAACGGACAGCGGUUGAACAUGGACGAAGGAAUUCCUCAUUUGCAAGAGAGACAGUUACUGGAACAUAGAGAUUUUAUAGGACUGGACUAUUCUUCUUUGUAUAUGUGCAAACCCAAAAGGAGCAUGAAGCGAGAUGAUAGCAAGGAUACCUACAAAUUACCGCACAGGUUAAUAGAGAAAAAAAGAAGAGACCGAAUUAAUGAAUGCAUUGCUCAGCUAAAAGAUUUAUUGCCUGAACAUCUGAAGUUGACAACUCUGGGGCAUCUGGAAAAAGCGGUAGUCUUGGAAUUAACUUUGAAACACUUAAAAGCUUUAACAGCCUUAACCGAGCAGCAGCAUCAGAAGAUAAUUGCUUUACAGAAUGGGGAGCGAUCUCUGAAAUCUCCCAUUCAGUCCGACUUGGAUGUGUUCCACUCGGGAUUUCAAACAUGCGCCAAAGAAGUCUUGCAAUACCUCUCCCGGUUUGAGAGCUGGACGCCCAGGGAGCCGCGGUGUGUCCAGCUGAUCAACCACUUGCACGCUGUGGCCACUCAGUUCUUGCCUACCCCCCAGCUGUUGACUCAACAGGUCCCUCUGAGCAAAGGCACGGGCGCGCCCUCGGCCGCGGCCCCCACCGGGUCCGCGGCCGCCCCCUGCCUGGAGCGCGCUGGGCAGAAGGUGGAGCCCCUCGCCCACUGCGUGCCGGUCAUCCAGCGGACUCAGCCCAGCGCCGAGCUUGCCGCCGAGAACGACACGGACACCGACAGCGGCUACGGCGGCGAGGCCGAGGCCCGGCCGGACCGCGAGAAGGGCAAAGGUGCGGGGGCGAACCGCGUCACGAUCAAGCAGGAGCCCCCCGGGGAGGACUCGCCGGCGCCCAAGAGGAUGAGGCUGGAAUCCCGCGGAGGCCCAGGGGGUGGCGCGGCGGCGGCGGCUGCCGCGCUCCUGGGGCCCGACCCCGCUGCCGCGGCCGCUCUGCUGAGACCAGACGCUGCCCUACUCAGUUCGCUGGUGGCGUUCGGCGGAGGCGCGCCCUUCGCGCAGCCGGCGGCCGCCGCGGCCCCCUUUUGCCUGCCCUUCUACUUCCUGUCGCCUUCCGCGGCCGCCGCCUACGUGCAGCCCUUCCUGGACAAGAGCGGCCUGGAGAAGUACCUGUACCCGGCAGCGGCCGCCGCCCCGUUCCCGCUGCUAUACCCCGGCAUCCCCGCCCCGGCUGCCGCCGCCGCAGCAGCAGCAGCCGCAGCCGCCGCCGCCUUCCCCUGCCUGUCCUCCGUGUUGUCGCCCCCUCCCGAGAAGGCUGGCUCCGCCGCCGCCGCGACCCUCCUGCCACACGAGGUGGCGCCCCCUGGGGCACUGCACCCGCCGCACCCGCACGGCCGCACCCACCUGCCCUUCGCCGGCCCCCGUGAGCACGCGAACCAGGAGAGCUCUGCUCAGGACGAUGCCUUGCAGCCAGGAAAGGAAAACCCCUGAAACCUUGAGCCCCUUUUUUUAGAAAGGACGAAGGUUCACGAGGAAUAAUAAUAUUAAUAAAACACCCUUAACGUUUUUUAAGGGAGGAAGUGUAAUAGAUGCACGACAGGCUUUAAAAACAAAACAAAAAAACAGGUGUUUUGUGUACAUUUGGAGUUCCUGUUUUGCUCAUCCCUCACCACCCCAACCUCCAUACAACUAGCAUCCCUUUCAUCCCCCACCAGCUGUAAAAGAACCUCCGCGCUGGAUAUUGAAUCUUUUUUAUUUAAAGAACUCCCCAAAAUAAGUUUUGUCGCCCUUUAGACCAUGUUCCAUUAUCUUUUAAAAUAUAGAACCUAAUUCUCGAGGAAGUAAGAAGGAUCUGGUCUGUGGGUGAGCUAAUUGAACCAGGGUAGGGGAAAGGUGGCGGAGGAGUUGACGUCGAACAGCAGGUCAGGUCAAUGACUCAAAGCUGUCCUGCCUGCUUCAGGAGGCUUUCCUCGAACAGAAGGAGGAUCUUUUAGAAAUGGAUUUACUCUUCAGUAUUUUAUAAUGUUCAGGUCUUUAAAAGGCAUAAUUUUUCAGUUGAAGAGCGGAUGCGGUGGCUCACACUGUAAUCUAUUCUGAAGUGGUUUGAAUGGUAUCCCUUAGUUGCACUUGAUUAGAGAGACACCGAGUUAGGCCCUCGUCAGAACUAAGUGGGGCAAGGACAUGGAUGAGGAAGGCCAGAAUUAUUAGUACAUUUGCUGGCACUUUAUUGAGAAAUUGACCACGAAUCAAUUUCAUUACAUAUACAUAUACAUAUAUAUGUAAUAUAUAUGUAAUAUAUAUAUACGUUAUAUAUAUACAUAUAUAUAACAUAUAUAUGUAUGUUUUUAUUGCAUCUAUUCCCACCCUGCAAUUAUUUAAUCCAUCAUGUUCCUAUGUUUUUAUAAUCUUGCUGUAAAAAACAAAAAGAAUGUGCACUGAACUUAAAAAAAGAAAACAAGUCCAAACUGAUUUUAUCCUACAUUCUGUUAAAUCACAAAAGUGGAGGAAAGCAUUAAACUACUCAGUUUUGAUUGGAAAUUCUGUAAAGCGAGGCCUUCCUAUCGUCAAGUCUGUGUAUUUUCUGGAGACCAAACCAGAUACAAGAUAAUCACAAAGAAAGCUUCUUUUUUUUUUUUUUUAAAUAAGGCUUAAACCAAGACCUUGUCUAGAUAUUUUUAGUUUGUUGCCAAGGUAGCACUGUGAGAAAUCUCACUUGAAUGUUAUGUAAGGGGUGAGACACAACAGUCUGAUUAUGAGUGAAGAAAAUAUCUGGGUCUUUUAGUCAGUUUGGUGCAUUUGCUGCUGCUGUUGCUACUGUUUGCCUCAAACGCUGUGUUUAAACAACGUUAAACUUUUAGCCUACAAGGUGGCUCUUAUGUACAUAGUUGUUAAUACAUCCAAUUAAUGAUGUCUGACAUGCUAUUUUUGUAGGGAGAAAAUAUGUGCUAAUGAUAUUUUGAGUUCAGAUAUCUUUUGGGGAGGAUUUGCUGAAAAGUUGCACUUUUGUUACAAUGCUUAUGCUUGGUACAAGCUUAUGCUGUUUUAAAUUAUUUUAAAAAAUAAAUAAAUACUGUCUGCAAGAAACCAGCUGGUUUAGAAAAGUUUAGUAUGUGAAGAUAAACUAGAAAUUAUCUUUAUAUUCUAGUAUUUUCAACACUCCACAAAUUCUAUUACCUAAAUAUUGCCACAUUAUUUUGUGAUCUUAAAAUUCUUACUAAGGAAUAAAAACUUUAAUAUACUAUAUGAAAUUGUCUAAUAAUUAAAAAGGCAUAAUGGAUGUUCCAUUAAUUUUAAGAUAUCUAUGAAUAUAGGGAUGAAAGACAUUCAGGUUCUCAGACAUAUGACUUUAUUUGUCAUUGGCUUGAUAUCACACAUUUCCAGUCUCUUGCAAGCCUCCAGGCUCUGGCUAUCUACCUGCUUUUUCCCAAUGUAGCUUAGUGAAAAGUGCAAAACCUCCCAAU